UGUGAAAUAAAAUGUAUAUGUGAAUGUGAUACUUACUCAUUUUCCUAUACAUUCUAACACUCUGUCAUCUCCUUCUAUCUCUCUCCACUUCUUAUAUAUUUUUACACUUUUUUCUCCAUUAUCAUCCUCAUCACAAAUUUUAUUAAAUUUUCUUAUUUAUUUUUUCACAUUCUUGCCCCUUUUUUUUCAAACAAAGCCAGAGAGAUUUAGGGUCACCAUGAGUCUCUUUGGCAUCGGUGCCAGAAAUCAGAAGACAUUUCGUCCUAAGAAGAAUGCUCCAUCUGGAAGCAAGGGUGCUCAACUUCAAAAACAUAUCGAUGCUACCUUGGGCAGUGGCAACCUAAGAGAAGCAGUUCGGUUGCCUCCCGGAGAAGAUAUCAACGAGUGGCUCGCUGUUAACACUGUGGACUUCUUCAAUCAAGUGAAUAUUUUAUAUGGAACUCUUACAGAAUUUUGCACAGCAGCAAAUUGUCCAACUAUGACUGCAGGACCAAAAUACGAAUAUAGAUGGGCUGAUGGUGUUACGAUUAAGAAGCCGAUCGAGGUGUCUGCUCCUAAAUACGUCGAGUAUUUGAUGGAUUGGAUCGAGACUCAGCUAGACGAUGAAAUGAUUUUCCCCCAAAAAUUGGGGUCGCCUUUUCCGCCUAAUUUUCGAGAUGUUGUGAAGACGAUCUUUAAGCGAAUGUUUCGUGUAUAUGCUCACAUAUAUCAUGAGCAUUUUCAGAAGAUUGUGAGUUUAAAGGAAGAAGCUCAUCUAAAUACUUGUUUUAAGCAUUUUGUGCUGUUCACAUGGGAGUUUCGGUUGAUUGAUAAAGGUGAGCUUGCACCUCUACAAGACUUAGUUGAGUCUAUUCUGCAAUUCUAGUAGUGGAUUGAAUUGUAAAUCUUUUUCAAGUUUGUAGCUUAUUUGUAGCAUGAAUGUUUUGAUACACAGUUUUGUAAGCUUCUUUUUGUCAAUGUCACUUCUGAUUUCUAUUCGUUCA